AUGGAUGUGAGAUUUGCAAUCCUCUUUCUAUUCCCUGUUGUCAUUGGAGGCCUGGGGAAUCUCUCACUGCUAUGUUAUUCAGUCUGCAUUUACUGCAGUGGGCGCAGGUCCAGAUCCACAGAUCUGAUUGUCAGGCAACUGACUGUGGCCAACUGCUUGUUCAUAUUUUCCCGAGGACUCCCACAGACCAUGGCAGUGCUUGGGAUGGAAGACUUCCUUACUAAUGUUGGAUGCAAACUGUUUUUCUAUGUUCACGGUGUGGCUAGAGGUGUUUCUUUCAACACUACCUGUCUGCUGAGUGUCUUCCAGGCCGUCUCUGUUAGCCCCAGAAGCUUCAGGUGGACAGAGCAGAAGGUAAAAGUUCUAAAGUGCAUUGGCCCUUGUACCAUCAUUUGUUGGGUCAUACACAUGCUGCUAAACAUCAGAAUUCCUAUGCUUGUGAGUGACAAAAGGAACAAUGAAAAUAUCACAAACACUUUAAAUUUUCAUUACUGUUCAGCUGUCAUUACUAGCAAAGACAAAGGCAUAUUUGUGCCAUUGUCAUUAUCAUACGAUGUUUUGUGUUUGACACUUAUGAUCUGGAGCAGUGGCUCCAUGGUUUUCAUUCUAUACAGGCACAAGCAGCAAACACAACACAUUCACAGAAACAACAUCUCAACAAGAUCUUCCCCUGAGACCAGAGCCUCUCAAAGCAUCAUCAUCCUGGUCUGUACCUUUGUGUCUUUCUAUGCCCUGUCUUACAUCAUGAUUGUUUGGUUCUCUCUUUAUGAUCGAAGUGCUUGGUGGCUAGUUGAAAUUGCAGGCUUAACAAGUGCUUGUUUCCCUACUGCUAGUCCAUUCAUUCUCAUGACUCGUGAGCAGUGUGUCCGCAGGUCCAUGUGUAAGAAGUGA